GAGCAACGUCAGUCUACGACGCGUUUACCAAUCUGCUCGAUCUCCGAUAAUUAAUUGACCAUCGAUCGCAUCCGUUAACGAUCGCCGACGGGCCUACAAAUAUCGCGCGCGCAUCGCGCAACCGACGGUCGUUCGGUGCCGGGUUCCGGGCUCUAUUUUUCAGAACGCGCUUGCAAGAGUCUGUCUCUCUCCGAGGUUCGAGCACCGAUCAUGAGGACGAUCCUCUGUGCCGUCGGCUUCGUUCUGAUUCUGCUUGGAACCGGCGUUCGUUCGCAAAACAGUUCCAGUUUCUGGGAAAGGGUCGUCAACUGGCUCCCGAAGCUGCGAAAUGAUGCUACGAAAUUUCCGCUAUGGCCCACGCACAAUACGAGUUUCGUCUGCGAACGCGAUGGAUUUUUUCCGGACAAAACCGACUGCAGGAUGUUCUAUCACUGCGUUCAGAUCGUGACUAGCAAUUUUAUGCGGCACGUUUUCAAAUGCAAUGAUAAUCUCAUUUACUCGGUUAAAAACGAAAGUUGCGUGAAGCCUGAGUACAAUGACCGGUCGGAGUGCGUCGAAUACAUUAAGGGCAAGAGUAUAGAUAUAGGCAAGACUCAAGAUAAAGAUGAGACGAAGGAGGACGACGAAGACGCAGAGAAGAAAGCGGAUGAGUUCACGGACAGCGAAAAAAAUAAAAACAAAGAACAGAAGAAUAGAACAAAUGAAAGCUGGAAAGAUAGUGCCAAGUAUAAGGAUAAUGGCAUCGGCAAGGAUAAAGCAAACAUAAAUCCUUUCGGUGCAAGUGAGGAAAAAGACGGUGUCAAUGGGGGAACUGAUUUCGUACUGACAGAAUGGCCGAGGACUAAACGAUUUCUCAAUUUGCCCAACAUCAUAGAAAAUUUAAUGCGAGACAGCAGCAGCGAAGGAUGCGAUUCGGAAGAUUCAGAUGAUUAUGGCGAGUGUGACUCUGAUAGUGCCUCUCGUACUUCACCUCAUACCCGUGCUACCCCUCGUCCUACCCCUCGUACUCAACCUCCUACCCGUGCUACCCCUCGUCCAACCCCUCGUACUCAACCUCCUACUCGUCCUACUCCUCGUCCUGCCCCUCGUACUCAACCUCCUACCCGUGCUACUCCUCGUCCUACCCCUCGUACUCAACCCCCUACCACGCGUACUCAGCCUCCUACCUAUACUACCCCACCUCCUACCUAUACUACCCCACCUCCUACCUAUACUACCCCACCUCCUACUACGCGUACUCAACCUCCUACCCAUACUACUCCACCUCCUACUACGCAUACUCAACCUCCUACUCGUAUUACCCCUCGUCCUACCACGCGUACUCCACCUCCUGCCAGCACUACUCAUCCUCCUACACCUCGUACUCAACCUCCUACACGCGCUACUCACCCCCCUGUCACGCAUACUCCUACCCGUGCUACCCCUCGUCCUACCCCUCGUACUCAACCCCCUACCACGCGUACUCAACUUCCUACCCAUACUACCCCACCUCCUACUACGCGUACUCAACCUCCUACUCGUACUACCCCUCGUCCUACCACGCGUACUCAUCCUCCUGCCAGGACUACUCAUUCCCCUGUCACGCGUGCUCCACCUCCUGCUAGCACUACUCAUCCUCCUACACCUCGUACUCAACCUCCAGCCAGGACUACUCAUUCUCCUACAUCUCGUACUCAACCUCCUACCCGCGCUACUCAUCCCCCUGUCACGCGUACUCCACAUCCUGCCACCACUACUCGUCCUCCUACACCUCGUACUCAACCUCCUGCCAGGACUACUCAUCCUCCUCUACCUCGUACUCAUCCUCCUACCCGCGCUACUCAUCCCCCUGUCACGCGUACUCCACCUCCUACCCGUACUACCCCUCGUCCUACCACGCGUACUCCACCUCCUGCCAGCACUACUCAUCCCCCUACACCUCGUACUCAACCUCCUGCCAGCUUUACUCAUCCUCCUACGCCAAAACCAACGGUGCCUACCCAUCUACUUUACACAAGCGACGGCACAGCUUCAUCGCCCACAUUAGACGGUUUAGGGACAUCGCAUUCUACUGACACCGACUGCAAACAUCUACUGGAACUUGUUACUGGCGCUCUCUUUCCAAAAAUAAAGUUUGAUAAAUUGAGUCCUUCUCUCAGCCAUGAUGGGAGAUGGACCCCGAAAGAUACCAAGCCUGAUAGAAUCGAGCACACAAGUGAUGUAACAACUGUCGCCUCUAUAACACAGGUUAAAGACGGACUGACUACCCCUCCGCGAUUGCCUCCAAUACAACCUGCUUCCACUGCGAAACCAGUGAUAAGAAUACCCGUUACCACCGCGCAACCGCUUGUGCAUGCAGAUCCACCCGAAAUACUCGGUAGCACCAAGAAGCCAGAUGUAGUUGACGAUUCUAGUGACUCGGAACAUAGUCCAGUACAAGAUUCUACCGAAGAAUCGUAUAUCAAGCCACCCGGUAUUGGGCAUCCGAAAUUACCUGCAACCCUCCAAACACACUCACCCAAAACAUCCGACGGCACCAAGGAGUUGGAUGGUGACGAGUAUCCCGAUAGCUCGAUAUUGAUUCCAAAAAAAGAUCGGGGGCAGAAAUUGAAACCUGUACCCUCCAGUAGUGAGGAAAUACCUACAAUUGGACAGACCGAUUCAGGUAAAAUACUCGGUAGUACCAAGAAGCCAGAUGUAGUUGACGAUUCUAGUGACUCGGAACAUAGUCCAGUACAAGAUUCGACCGAAGAAUCGUCAAUCAAGCCACCCGGUAUUGGGCAUCCGAAAUUACCUACAACUGUCCAAACAGACGCACCCGAAACAUCCGAAGGCACCAAGGAAUUGGAUGAGGAUGAGUAUCCCGAUAGCUCGAUAUUGAUCCCAAAAAAAGAUUGGGGACAGCAAUUGAAACCUAAACCCUCCAUUAGUGAGGAAAUACCUACAAUUGGACAGACCGAUUCAGGUAAAAUACUCGGUAGUACCAAGAAGCCAGAUGUAGUUGACGAUUCUAGUGACUCGGAACAUAGUCCAGUACAAGAUUCGACCGAAGAAUCGUCAAUCAAGCCACCCGGUAUUGGGCAUCCGAAAUUACCUACAACUGUCCAAACAGACGCACCCGAAACAUCCGAAGGCACCAAGGAAUUGGAUGAGGAUGAGUAUCCCGAUAGCUCGAUAUUGAUCCCAAAAAAAGAUUGGGGACAGCAAUUGAAACCUAAACCCUCCAUUAGUGAGGAAAUACCUACAAUUGGACAGACCGAUUCAGGUAAAAUACUCGGUAGUACCAAGAAGCCAGAUGUAGUUGACGAUUCUAGUGACUCGGAACAUAGUCCAGUACAAGAUUCGACCGAAGAAUCGUCUAUCAAGCCACCCGGUAUUGGGCAUACGAAAUUACCUGCAACCUUCCAAACAGACUCGCCCGAAACAUCCGAAGGCAUCAAGGAGUUGGAUGGGGACGAGUAUCCCGAUAGCUCGAUAUUGAUCCCAAAAAAAGAUUGGGGACAGCAAUUGAAACCUAAACCCUCCAGUAGUGAGGAAAUACCUACAAUUGGACAGACCGAUUCAGGUAAAAUACUCGGUAGUACCAAGAAGCCAGAUGUAAUUGACGAUUCUAGUGACUCUGAACAUAGUCCAGUACAAGAUUCGACCGAAAAAUCGUCUAUCAAGCCACCCGGUACUGGGCAUACGAAAUUACCUGCAACCCUCCAAACAGACUCGCCCGAAACAUCCGAAGGCAUCAAGGAGUUGGAUGGGGACGAGUAUCCCGAUAGCUCGAUAUUCAUCCCAAAAAAAGAUCGGUGGCAGCAAUUGAAACCUGUACCCUCCAUUAGUGAGAAAAUACCUACAAUUGGACAGACCGAUUCACCCGAAAUACUCGGUAGCACCAAGAAGCCAGAUGUAGUUGACGAUUCUAGUGACUCGGAACAUAGUUCAGUACAAGAUUCGACCGAAGAAUCGUCUAUCAAGCCACCCGGUAUUGGGCAUCCGAAAUUACUUGCAACUGUCCAAACAGACGCACCCGAAACAUCCGAAGUCACCAAGAAGUUAGAUGAGGACGAGUAUCUCGAUAGCUCGAUAUUGAUCCCAAAAAAAGAUCGGGGGCAGCAAUUGAAACCUGUACCCUCCAGUAGUGAAAAAAUACCUACAAUUGGACAGACCGAUUCACCCGAAAUACUCGGUAGCACCAAGAAGCCAGAUGUAGUUGACGAUUCUAGUGACUCGGAACAUAGUCCAGUACAAGAUUCGUCCGAAGAAUCGUCUAUUAAGCCUCCCGGUAUUGGGCAUACGAAAUUACCUGCAACCCUCCAAACAGACUCACCCGAAACAUCUGCAGGCAUCAAGGAGUUGGAUGGGGACGAGUAUCCCGAUAGCUCGAUAUUCAGUCCAACAAAAGAUUGGGGCCAGCAAUUGAAACCUGUACCCUUCAGUAGUGAGGAAAUACCUACAAUUGGACAGACCGAUUCAUCCGAAAUAUUCGACAGCACUAAGAAGCCGAGUGUAAGUGAAGAGCUCGGUAAGAAGACAACAGAUACUUCAGUAGAUUUUAUUACUACCAAAAAAGACGGUAUUGUGUAUACGACCAAACCAGUUACUCACCGGCCGGAAAUUAAGCCGGGUGAAGAUGAAGAUUCCAGUGAAGGGACAGCGAGUACAGCAGAAUCGUGUUAUACGGACUGUAAAUCCGAAUCCGAGAAACCGAGUGUAACACCAGUUUUGACCCAGGAAUCGAGCAUGGAAACGCCAGGUUUGAAUGAUACGGUACUACUGUUUAAGGACCCGACAGAUUCAUACAAAACUCUCAAGAGCACUCAGAAGCCUGGCGUAACUGACGACCUCCAUAAGGUAACGGGUACAGUGGAAAUAACUGAUUCGGACCAGAAACCGAGUACGGACAGCAUCGCGAAACCGAAAGGCCCUGGUACGGAGGUAAUUCCCAGUAAAUCACCCGGUCCGAAAGACGUGCAAAUACUUUCUGGCAAUCAAACAAAGUUACUCGAACUAUCGCUUACGGACGUACGGAAUCUGAUCAACGUUUUACUACAAUACAAAAUCUUGAUUCCGAAUAGAUAUUACACUAUGGACGAAUUGACUAUAAAGUUUGAUGAAUUCGCUAUCGUGUUGUUUGAAUUGAUAAGGAUCGUGGGAUACGGUACGAGAUACGAUGGAGUUAUUAAAAUUCCUUCGGUAACUGGACCGAAAUACCCGAAAAAAGCAGACCAUGGGUCGUGUACCCAGUCGGGUUACUUCCCCAACACCAUGGACUGCAGCAAGUUUUACAGAUGCAUCCCAUUCGGGAGCAGGUAUCUUCGAUAUGAUUUUCAAUGUAAAAUCGGAACUGUUUGGGAUGCGCGGAUAAAUACCUGCAAUUUUCUGGCGAACGUUCCGAAAAAUGGCAGCUGCACCCCACCGCUGUAUAGCACUCUAGAUCAAAGUAAGUAUUCCGACGGCCAUGUACUUAAACGCACGUGUUUCCAUUGUCCGAGCGGCAUUCAACGACAUCCGGAGUAUUGCAACAUCUUCUAUCAAUGCGCGGUCGACGAACACAUGCAAAUAGGUUUGACGACAUUUGCCUGUCCGCCGGGCACGAUUUUUACCACAGACGAUGAAGGCAGAGCCGGCUGCUUAUCGAAAUUGAUUUUCGAGAAAAUCGACGAUUGCGUCGACUUGGAUCUUCAGAGGAAAUCCAUUAAAAUCAUCGACUUGAAGCCCGAGAAAUCCACGUGUUCGGAAAUGGGACGGUUCCCCUUCAGCGACGACUGUUCGUCGACUUAUUUAAAAUGCGUGCAACUGAAGGACGGAUAUUUCGACGCUUACCUUCGCGACUGUCCACCCGGCAAAGUAUUUUCGUCACGUGAAAAAAGAUGCGUGGAAGCUCGUUCACUUGGUUGUUAACGAAGUCCGUCGACGUACCGAUCAUUCAUUUUCCUACCGCUUCGCGCGUUCAACAUCGUCAGUUCAUCAUUAAUAAUGAUUAGAUUUAAUAAGAUUCAUACGUACAUACCUCCUCCGUGUUCGUUAGAACUCAUCGAAUCUUAAUUUCUUCACAACACUAUUUCAAACUUAUCGCUCGCGGCAACGAUGCGCCUCGAUUCACUGCACACGCGUCGCGCGUUUCUCGUUUAAUGUAAUAUAAGAGAGAACAUUUUCUCUCUAGUAAUAUUAACAAAAUGUUAUAUAUUACCUGAACUUUUAAACUACGAGAAACUAUAUUUAAGCUUUUUAAAAAAAUAAAAUUCGUCGAGAACAUGUGUAUUAUAUGUCUGUGACAAGAAUUCAAAGGAACUUAUUCCAUGCGCGUAAACAUCAAAUAUGUACCAAUCCCAAAAACAUUUAUCGCAGUCGGCCUUUUAAUUAUAUGUAUAAACUAAACGCGUUUAAGCAUCUUAA